AGUUGUUACUCUCUGUGUGUGUGUGUGUGUGUGUGCUAGUUUCUGUUUUAAAAUGGCGGAUCAAGAUAAAAGAAAGACCCAAGCCAUAUCAAACGUGAAAUACAGGGACGUGCUUUUAAUAACGACAGACCGGCUUCGAAAAGAGGGAGUCCUUUGCGAUGUUCGGCUUCUUGUGGAGGAUCAAAGUUUUCUCGCUCAUCGCAGUAUUCUCGCCGCCAGCAGCCCGUAUUUCCGAGGUUUAUUCACUUACGACAUGAAGGAGAAAGAUCUAAUGGAAUGUAAGCUUGACCAACUGAAAGCCUCGGUUAUGGAACCUCUCUUAGGUUAUUUGUACACCGGGAACGUGACUCUUGACGAAGAUAACGCAGAAAGCCUCGUGGCAGCGGCCGAUUAUCUGCUCAUUCAGAGCCUCAAAGAUAUUGGGUGCGAAUUUUUGGAGGGUCUACUUUCUCCAUCAAAAUGCUUCGCCUUGAGAGAUUUUGCUGAGAGGUACAGCUGCGAUUCCUUGAAAAGCUCUGCCACAAGCUACAUUGUGAAACACUAUAACGAUGCCUGCAAUACUGAAGCAUUCAAAUCAGUCGAGUACAGAGUUUACACCGAAAUAAUUGCGCGCGACGAUCUCGAAGUCUCGCGCGAGGAAGAUGUAUACGAGACACUGAUAAAGUGGGUAAAGCACAAUUUGGAAACUCGAAAGGAAUAUUUCGAAGAGCUCUUCAGCAAAAUUCGCCUGUCUUCGCUAUCGAGGCAUUAUUUGAUUAAUCAAGUGGAAAAAGAAGAGCUGGUCAGCAAGAGUUUUUAUUGCACAAAGCUUGUGGUGAGAGCUUUGAACGCGUUCAUCCUCCACGAGUAUGACGAUCACGAGUGCGCUCGAAAUAAUCUAAAAAGAUAUCUGGACGUCAUCACAGUGUGCGGCGGAAAUUUGUGCAAAGAAGCGACCUGUUACUCCCCGGCAAAGAAAAAAUGGCUGACCCUAGCAGAUAUGUUAAAGGCACGUGAUGAACACUGCACGGCUGUACACGACAAUGUUCUGUACGCAUUUGGUAGUACCCAAACGGAGAACGGCCAGUCAGUCGAACAAUACAAUGCGCACACUAACUCCUGGAUAGCGGUAGCGAACAUGCCUCAGAUGCGCUGCGCAGCAACUGCUGUCACGUGUGGGGAUCACAUCUUUAUCAUUGGAGGAAGAAUACCAAACGGCGGCGGUUCCACCAAACAAGUCAUGCGCUACGAUGCGGAUAUCAAUAAGUGGUUCAUUGAGACAUCCAUGUCUUUCAAACGUGCUGGUCUCUGCUCAGCAGCCUAUAAUGGUCUCAUAUACGCGAUCGGUGGUUUGAGCGACAGGAACGAGUUUCUGCGUACAGUUGAACGAUAUGACCCUCGAAAACAGAUUUGGAGUGACGUCACGUCCAUGCAAGUAGCGCGGUAUUUCGCAUGCGCAGUUGAAAUGAACGGAAAAAUAUUUGUAAUUGGUGGCCAGUCCUCCAGCGGGGCGUAUCUGUCCUCUUGCGAAGCGCUAGAUCCUUCCACUGAGGAUUGGGCCUCACUACCAAACAUCUCUGUCCCUCGACAAGCGGCUGGGGUAACAAGACUUGGAUACCGAAUUUACUUGUUUGGAGGCUGUAAUAACUCAGGUAGUCUUGACUGUGUUGAGUGUUACGACGACAGGAAACGAAGCUGGGAAGCAGUCACUAGGAUGCCAUGUAAAAGGUCUUGGGUACAGUGUGGCGUGCUCCGUGUGACCAAAGAUCUUUUCGAACUCAACUGACCGAGUUGGGCAUUGCAGCACACGUUUAUCUCAAACUCAUGAAGCAAGACACAGAAAUGGAAAAUACUAAGAAAACCAGGAAACUUUACACGCAAAAUGGAUCAACCGAAGAAUGAUUGAUUUGACCGACUGUGAACGAAGAUUGGCCUAAGCGAAGAAGUGUCCAGGAAAAAAGGACUGAUCUUUAAAUAAACCAUAUUGGGGAGGUAAUUUCUAAAUACCAAUUCUCGGGCAAUUUGUUUGUCUAAAUCUCUCUUCCAAUCCUAUUUUUUUACUUUCACUUCCCAGUUCAAGUACUCUGAGUUUUUUUUUACGUGCAAGAAAAAUUAGGCGAAUCCCAGUACUUCUGUUACUCCUUCGUCCUCUCUCGGCCUAACAACAUUGUUUAAAUUAAAGUAGUUAAGCGUCACACUUGA